AUAGCACGUUUUAAUAUCUUAUGAACACGUCAUAACAUGCUAGGUAACAAAUACGUCAAGUUAUUAUCACGUUUGGUAGAAGAAAAACAUGUGCCAAACCGCGUGAGUGAACGUGAUCAUUUUUUAAAUGUAUUUUUUAUUUUUACAAUUGACAUAGAUACUCUGGGUUUGUCUGAGUGGAUGUAUCUCGUCAAGGCUCCGGUAUUUCCACGACACUCUCCUUCCACACUGAGUCCAAACCUACAGUCACUGGGUCCUGAUUGUGACAGUGGAGCCUAUUUUGAAUUGCAGGAUCCAGAGAUGGCAUCAGUGAAGCUGGAAGACUGCAGUCAAACAGUGAAACUGAAUGCCAACAUUAAAGAUUAAGAAGUGGAGGAGAAGAUUGGGACAUCUGUUUCUCAUGGACUAGAAUUAAGUCUGAGGCCGGUAACAUCAACAGUAGUGACAAACCAAGCCUGCCGCUCUCCUUCCACACUGAGUCCAAACUCACAGUCACUGGGUCCUGAUUGUGACAGUGGAGCCCAGUUUGCACUUCAGGAUCCAGAGAUGGCAUCAGUGAAGCUGGAAGACUGCAGUCAAACACUGGAACUGAAUGUCAACAUUAAAGAUGAAGAAGGGGAGGAGAAGAUUGGAACAUGUGUUUCUCAUGGAGACCAUGUUGAGACAUUCUCUACAUCCAGAGAGCAACAGCAGGAAGAUCACAGACCUAAGAGGUCUCACCACUGCCCACAUUGUAAAGAGAUUUUCCCAAAUCUUUCAAAGCUAAAAAUACACCUAAAAAUUCACACAGUUGAGAAUCUGUAUUCCUGUACUGACUGUGGGAAGAAUUUUAUAACAUUAAAGGCUCUGACAGGUCAUCAGAGAGUGCACACAGGAGAGAAGCCUUACUCCUGCUCUGACUGUGGGGCGAGUUUCUCUCAGCUGGGCACCUUAAAACAACAUGAACGUAUACAUACAGGAGAGAAGCCUUACUCCUGCUCUGACUGUGGGAAUAGUUUCUGUCGACUGGGCCACUUAAAAGAACAUGAACGUAUACAUACAGGAGUGAAGCCUUACUCCUGCUAUGACUGUGGAAAGAGUUUCUCUCGACUGGGCACCUUAAAAACACAUGAACGUAUACAUACAGGAGAGAAGCCUUACUCCUGCUCUGACUGUGUAAAAUGCUUCACAACAGCAUCUCACCUAAAAGUUCAUCAGCGAACACACACAGGAAAGAGGCCUUACUCCUGCUCUGACUGUGUAAAAUGCUUCACAACAGCAUCUCAGCUAAAAGGUCAUCAGAGAACACACACAGGAGAGAAGCCUUAUUUCUGCUCUGACUGUGAGGCGAGUUUCUCUCGACUGGGCCACUUAAAAGAACAUGAACGUACACACACAGGAGAGAAGCCUUAUUUCUGCUCUGACUGUGAGGCGAGUUUCUCUCAACUGGGCCACUUAAAACAACAUGAAUGUGUCCAUACAGGAGUGAAGCCUUACUCCUGCUCUGACUGUGGAAAGAGUUUCUCUCAACUGGGCACCUUAAAAACACAUGAGCGUAUACACACAGGAGAGAAGCCUUACUCCUGCUCUGACUGUGGAAAGAGUUUCUCUCAACUGGGCACCUUAAAAACACAUGAGCGUAUACAUACAGGAGAGAAGCCUUACUUCUGCUCUUGACUGUGGAAAGGGUUUUUCUCGACUGGACUACCUGAAAACUCAUGAACAUAUUCAUACAUA